GUCACCAACACAUGAGCUAGGAGAGGGUUCUCAGGACAAUUCUGCCUACUCAAAAUUCUUUAUUCUUUUCUUGUUGAGAAGCUGGGUGUCUGCCACUUAAAAUUUUUAAUUUUAUUUAAAGGCGAACCAGUGAAUUGAAAAUGAGACUAAAUGUUGCUAUCUUCUUUGGGGCUCUAUUUGGUGCUUUAGGAGUUUUACUCUUUUUGGUGGCUUUUGGAUCAGACUAUUGGCUUCUUGUGACUGAAGUGGGGAAAUGUUCAGGUGAACAGAAUAUAGAGAACAUUACUUUUCACCAUGAAGGAUUCUUCUGGAGAUGUUGGUUUAAUGGUAUUGUGGAAGGAAGUAAUUCAAAUAUCUGGAAGUUCUGGUACACCAAUCAGCCACCAUCCAAGAACUGCACACAUGCUUACCUGUCUCCAUAUCCUUUUAUGAGAGGCGAGCACAAUUCUACCUCCUAUGACUCUGCAGUUAUUUACCGUGGUUUCUGGGCAGUCCUGAUGCUCCUGGGGGUAGUCGCUGUGAUCACCGCGAGCUUUUUGAUCAUCUGUGCAGCCCCCUUUGCCAGCCAUCUUCUCUAUAAAGCCGGAGGAGGCUCAUAUAUUGCUGCAGGCAUCCUGUUUUCCUUGGUGGUGAUGCUGUACGUUAUCUGGGUCCAGGCAGUGGCUGACAUGGAAAGCUACAGAAACAUGAAAUUGAAAGACUGCUUGGAUUUCACACCUUCUGUUCUGUAUGGCUGGUCAUUUUUUCUGGCCCCAGCAGGGAUAUUUUUUUCUUUGCUCUCUGGAUUACUUUUUCUAGUUGUUGGAAGGCAUAUUCAGAUACAUCACUAAUCAAACUGCUGCCACAUGUUUUCUUGAGAUCAUAUUUUAUUUUUAUUUGUUUAGUGAUCCUAGCAUAGAAUUAGUUGAUGUAACUUUUCAGUUGCUGUUUGAAUCAAUCAUUUAACUUGUGAUUUUUCUCUCAUAAGAAGGUACUAGAAUCUCUUUAGACACCAACAUGUUUCCAUGUAUUUGAGUGCUAUCAAGAACCUAUGUUUUUUUUAGGGAGAAGAUAACAUGACUUCCUCUCAUUGUAUUUGUUAGAGUUAACACAGGUUAAAAAUAUAUACAGGUAUAAUAAUAGCAUAAUAACAUCAGCUGGGGCAAAUCAAGAUUUGAUUUGAAGCCUCCCUCUUGGCACUUCUGUUGCUACUUACAAAAUAAUCUUUGUAGAAUAAUUAAGAAUGUAAAACAAAUGUCAGAGAAUUUACUUCAUUUUCUCUCCACACACAUACAUAUCCACACAUAUGACUCCUGUGAGUAUCAUUAUUUAAAAAUAGAUAGCAGAUGUUCUUGUAGCAGGAGCCACACAAACUCAUCAGUUAAAAUGGGCCACAACAAAACCCUUUCCACUUUCUUAUCAACAGUAGUUUGACUACCUAAUUUUUUCACUUAAUUGUGCAUGCUUACAGAACAUUGAAUUGUAUUUAAAAGUAGCAAAUCUGUGCAUCAAAAUACAUAUAAUGCAGAUUGGAUUUUGAGAACUUAAAGUGGGUUAAUUACACAUUUAAUAUAGUUGAAAAUAUGUAAAAACUAGGGACCUUAGCUUACUAUAUAAUUCUACUUGAUAUUUUAAAGUUCCCAUUUAAUAUUAUAUUGAUAUUAUAUUCAACUUAUGAAAAUUUAUUGAUGAAAUGUGCUUUAAUAUGCACAAAAUACUCCCAUAUGAGGGUGUUGAUAACCUUGCUUUAUUGAAAUCUAUGAAAUAACAACUUUUCCAAGAUUUUAUGGAUUAUAGUUAUUCUGAUCAUUUGAUUCCCUUAAUUAUUGUUCCUUAAUUUCUUCAUCUCUACAUUAGGAAUUUAAACAUUUACAAAUUUCUAUUUCCUUUUAAUCUCUUUGAAAAAAAACUUUUGCUUUUU